AUGAAGGGUGGUGGUGGAUGGUCGCCCUGUCUUCGAGCCCUGGGUGGACAAAGGGGCUUCCGGAAAGAAAGGAGGAGGAUGGCCAGUGGGAAUGGGCUUCCUUUGUCCUCCACUGCCCUGGUGGCCAAGCGCCCCUCCGCCCUGGGCCCAUUCCCCAGAUACAUCUGGAUCCACCAGGACACACCCCAAGACAGCUUAGACAAGACUUGCCAUGAAAUCUGGAAGAGAGUACAGGGCCUGCCCGAGGCCUUGCAGCCCAGGACCCCAAAGGAGCAGCUCUCUACCUCCAUGGCUGGAACUCCAAGAGACAAGAGGCUCAGCUCCCAAGAAGAAGCUCUAGAGUUCGGCAGUGGCAAAGAUGAGAUCUCCCUGUUGGUGGAGCAGGAGUUCUUGAGCCUAACCAAAGAGCACCUCAUCCUGGUCACAGAGCGUUCAGGGGAGCUGGAGGCACCCAGCAGCUCUCCCAUGGGGCCUAGAAAACCAGCUCCCUGCCAUCUCAUGCCUCCUCUGGUAGCAGGUAGCAGUGAGUGCUCAAGAGCCUCUAUCAUUGCCAGUGACAAGCUUCUGGAGCCAAAGGUGGCCAUGUCUGUCAUUGGCAGCCGGCAGGACUGCGAUUCUGCCAUGUCUACAGUCACAGGCAUCCUGCGUGCUGCCAGGGUCAAGAGUGCCAAGGGGACAGAAGAUGGGGCCCACAGCCUAGGUGCCUCCAACUCGGAGAUCAGCAAGCUCUUGGCCCAGUUUCCACUGAAGUCCGUGGAAGCAUCCAAGGCCCCCAACAACAAAGAGGUGCUGGAGGAGACAAGAGUCAUCAAGGACUUCCUGCAGAACAGCAUGUUCAGUGGCCCCCAACCCAGGGAACCCAUGGGGCUGGGCUCGUUCCUGCUGCUGCCACCCCCGCCUCCUCCCGCACCCCCCAAUAAGCUCCCUGAGCUCCCUGCCCAGAAGAGGCAGCUCCCAGUGUUUGCCAAGAUCUGCUCCAAGCCCGAGGUGGCCCCCGCCAUGGAGGGGCACCACUUGAUGGAACGGAACCCUGGCACCAAGGAACCAACCAAGGGUCGAGAGAGCGUCUUUCUCAGUCAGUGGCCCCAGAGCCGGAAGGACACCUGUGGUGAAGAAGGUUGCAACGAUCCAGUGGGCUCCAUGUCCAUAGCCCUGCCAGCCAAGAAGCCUGCAUGGCCGGCUGAGAAGACCCUGCUCUAUGAGUUCCUUGGGGCCGCCAAGAAUCCAGGCGGGCAGCUGAGGCUUCGCAGCAAAGAGGUGGAUGGGCUGGAGUUGAAACUUAACCCACCAGUGACGGUGGCCGACAAGAACAACCUCAAGUACACAGGGAAUGUCUUCACCCCACGCUUUGCCACCACCUUGACCUCAGCAUCCCUGAACCAGCCACUCUGGCUCAACCUGAACUAUCCACCUCCACCAGUGUUCACAAAUCACUCCACCUUCCCACAGUAUCAGAGCCUAUACCCUCAGCGGGCAGCCAGGAUGCCCUUUCAGCAGGCCCUGCACCCCCAGCUGGGGUGUUAUUCCCGACAGGUGACGCCAUACAAUCCACAGCAGAUGGGACAGCAGAUUUUCCGCUCCUCCUACACUCCCCUGCUGAGCUACAUCCCAUUUGUCCAGCCCAACUACCCGUACCCUCAGAGGACACCUCCCAAGCUGUCCACUAACCCCCGAGACCCUUCCCCCAUGGCAGGAGAUGGGCCGCAGUUCCUCUUCCCCCAGCCAUACGGGUUCGGCUCGACGUCUGGUGGGCCCCUGAUGAACAGCCCUUAUUUUUCCUCCAGCGGGAAUGGCAUAAAUUUUUAG